UCAUCCUCGCCAUGCAUUUCAGGUCAAGAUUGCACCGAGAGAGUGUGUCAGCGCCCUCCAAAAGGUUAUCAAAGAACAGAGAAAGCAUAGAUUGGAUGGUGUCGAUGCUAAGGCUCUCAAGCUAUGGAAGGUCAAGAUCGAUUGGAACGACCUACACUUACUCGACACGAUCGGAGACCAAGGCGUGGAGUUGAAGCCGUUAACCGAACUGUCCGAAGUAUUCACGCAUGGACUAGAGCGUGGAUGUAUUCAUGUCGUCGUACUCCGUCAGCUGGCGCAACACCAUCCGCAUUCUCUAUAAAGCAGGACGAGCAAGAGUACCUUUGCAAUCGUCCUCGCAGAGCUGCGGACCCUAUUCCAGUUACUCUUCUCGAGCCUAUCUUCGCCAAGUUCGUGGACGAUUGUCAAAAUCAUCAACCAACUGUCUGCGAUAACGACUUUGUUUGGCAACUUUCGCAAAUUAUGUCUUCCUUCCAUCCCGAUGAGCUCACGCGGAUGCUGGUAUUCCGGCAAGUGCUCCGCGACUACGUUGGCUCGACAAAUUUUACGACAGACGGACAUCUUUUGUCCACCAACGGACAGUUUGUGCAGGUGAUAUUGGAGGUGAGGAACGAGAUCGGAAGCGGCGCUACCGAACCAUUCGCGGAGGCAAUGUUGUACUACCGCAAGUUUAUGGAAGACUCGAAGAUUGAGAUAGUGAAGCUCCGGUCUGUCAUUCCAUGCAUCCAUAUCAUUGUCUUCGGGGCAUGCAUUGGCUUUGUAGGCUCUGUUUUCACAGAAAAGGUCCAGUCUGAUGUCCUGGUCCCUAUCAUUCCUCUGUUUUGGCAUUCAACAGACCUCAGUAUGCAAGUGAUGGCGGCUCGUACUUUCGGGGCUCUCAAAAUCGCCAUCGAGAAACUCACAAAUCUGUACUCCCAUCCAAUUCCGUCCCUCGAACCAAAAGAUCCACCUCUAGGAUGUCCUUAUCCUCGGAGUUAUACCAAUUCAACCGGUCAUAUUCAGCAAUUCUCGUAUGAUGAGACUCAAGCCCUCAGGGAUAAACUUAUCUUCUUCGGGGAAACCGUCGGCGAUGCGGCUGGGAGCAAGAUAUGUAUCAAGUUCGUCAGGCACUAUUCCCCUGAAGCCCACGAAUUCUGUGCCAGCAAGGGGCACGCUCCCAAACUUAUCGCCUACAAUCCUUUACCCGGCGGCUGGAAUAUGGUGAUUAUGGACGUCAUUGAUAUUGAUAAGGAUUACUUCUCGCAACGGCCUGGCUCAUAUAGACUGCUCAGUGAGAUAGCUGUUUUGGACCGCCAGCCGCUGAAGGAGGCCAUCACCUCUCUCAUCCGGGAGCUACACGAUUACAAUGGCGGCUACGUUCAUGGCGACCUUCGGGAUACCAAUUUCGUUGUGAGAGACAACAAACACUUCAUGUUGCUCGAUUUCGAUUGGGCUGGACCGAUACAGAAGACCCAUUAUCCUAUGCUUGUUAAUAGGAUAGAUAUUCGACGUCCUGAUGGUGCGUUGGAUGGGAAGAAGAUUGUAGCGGAGCAUGACUUGGAUAUGCUGAAUUAUCUAUUUCAUCCUGAGCAAGAUGGUCUGGAGCCGGCUGCAAAGCCCCGCCGUAUAUAUUUCAAUGGCCAUCUUAUUGGUUCAUAGCAUCGUUGUAUCACCAAAACUUAACACUAGUCCGUUUUGUUUUAUAAAGCUAUCAUACAGUGACUUUGGGAGAAUGGCGACAUAGAU